AUGUUAGCUAGCGCCGACAAAAUAGCGCCGUUCAAAAGAGCGCCGUUCAAAAGAGUCACCAACGAGCACGCUACAACUGGAGUUCUUUCUGUCACCAGCGCUACAACUGGAGUCCUUUCUGUCACCAGCGCUACAACUGGAAUCCUCCCUGUCACCAACGCUACAACUGGAAUCCUCCCUGUCACCAACGAGCACGCUACAACUGGAGUUCUUUCUGUCACCAGCGCUACAACUGGAGUCCUUUCUGUCACCAACGCUACAACUGGAGUCCUUUCUGUCACCAGCGCUACAACUGGAGUCCUUUCUGUCACCAACGCUACAACUGGAGUCCUUUCUGUCACCAGCGCUACAACUGGAGUCCUUUCUGUCACCAACGCUACAACUGGAGUCCUUUCUGUCACCAGCGCUACAACUGGAAUCCUCCCUGUCACCAACGCUACAACUGGAAUCCUCCCUGUCACCAACGAGCACGCUACAACUGGAGUUCUUUCUGUCACCAGCGCUACAACUGGAGUCCUUUCUGUCACCAGCGCUACAACUGGAAUUCUCCCUGUCACCAACGAGCACGCUACCUGCCUGCCAUUGAAAGAAACACAAGAGUACAAAGAAGCCUUUACCCAUUGCCGAGAAGCUUUAGAGGAAACGGCUUUGAUUUUUGCUGAAUCCGGCUACAAUGUUGAGAUGAGUGGAUGGAAAUGGAACGAUAGCUACAAAUUCUCGAAAAAGCAUGCCCAACUGUCGAUUGAGUGCGAUAUUGCACAUUACGCUACGAAUAAAAAGUUGAUUGUUGACGGUCGAGAGUUUAUUUGUGCGCGAGCUGUUUACAGGGAUCCCACGGGUCAAAUUCUUUUCGCUGCCAAGUCAACUCCAUUGAAAGAGAUCAAAGAGGGAGGGCACGGGACACGUGCUCAUCUGUACAUCUCAGCUGCUCGUAUCACUCCUCAUCCAAGCGAUUCGUCUAAAUCUUUCUACGAAUACGUGAUUUGCGUUGAUAUGAAGGGAAUGAUGUUCAAGAGUGUUCUCAAUCCGGUUCUCGGUCGAUUACUUCUCGAGGACGUGGAAAACGUUCGUAAAUACUGUGAUCAAUUGAGCAAACAA